UUUUUUUUUUUUUNCCUUUUACUGUUGAUAGUUGUUGUUGUUAGCCCCACAAUGAUCUUUUUCUUUUCCUUUUUUCUUGGCAAGAGUGUGUUUUUCUUACUUAGUUUUGGAUCUUUAGGGGCAUGCUCUCUUUGAUUGGUUCCUCUCAUACUAAUAGACUCUCUAAACUUAACUUUCUUGCUUGGCAUUAUACUUCUGUUCUUACUGAAAAAAUGCUUAUGGAUUGAUUAUCUUUUAAGGGUCAACUUAUGGUGCUGUUGGUGGGUGAACAGUAAAUUGUUUUUUUCCUCCUUGAAGUGGGCUUCAGGCUCUUGUGAAUCUAUAGAUGGAAAGUUUACUUUUUUAUGGGAUAUUUUGAUGGCUGCUUUCUGAUCAAUUCUUGAGAAGAAAUGGGUUCUUUAGCUAUUAGGCUGUUUUGAGAUUGAAGCACAUUAAGGAGUUUUUGUGCAAGGAGAUUGUACAUGGCUUCUGUUGAGGAGAAACUCAAACAAGAGGUUUUUGGCAGUCAUCACAAUGUUUUUGAAGGGAUGAAUUUACUGAAAGAAAUUAAUGAUCACACUCGCUUAAGAAAACAAAUAAAUUCUGAGCUUUGGCAUGCUUGCGCGGGCCCACUAGUUACCUUGCCUCAGAUUGGAAGCCUUGUCUACUAUUUUCCACAAGGGCAUAGUGAACAGGUUGCGGUUUCCACUAAUCGACCAGCAACUGCAGAGAUACCAAACUAUCCGAAUCUCUCCUCUCAAUUGCUGUGUCAAGUUCACAAUGUUACACUUCAUGCAGACAAAGAAACAGAUGAGAUCUAUGCUCAAAUGAGCCUCCAGCCUGUGAAUUCUGAAAAAGACAUGAUUUCUGUACCUGGCUUUGGACUGAAACCUAGUAAACACCCAACCGAGUUUUUCUGCAAAACUAUGACAGCUAGCGACACGAGUACGCAUGGCGGCUUCUCAGUUCCUAGAAGAGCUGCAGAAAAGCUCUUCCCACAAUUAGAUUACUCUAUGCAACCUCCUACUCAAGAACUUGUUGUUCGGGAUUUGCAUGGUAACACCUGGACUUUUCGUCAUAUAUACAGAGGGCAGCCUAAGCGGCAUUUGCUCACAACCGGUUGGAGUAUGUUUGUUGGUUCAAAGCGGCUUAGAGCUGGCGAUUCAGUCCUUUUUAUUAGGGAUGAAAAGUCGCAACUACUGUUGGGAGUUAGACGUGUUAACCGCCAGCAAACAACUUUGCCGUCUUCAGUUCUGUCGGCCGAUAGCAUGCACAUAGGAAUCCUUGCUGCUGCUGCUCAUGCUGCUUCUAAUAGAAGCCCUUUUACGAUCUUUUACAAUCCAAGGGCAUGUCCAUCAGACUUUGUUGUUCCGUUUGCCAAGUAUCAAAAGGCUGUUUACAGCACUCAGCUAUCGAUAGGUAUGAGGUUCGGCAUGAUGUUCGAAACUGAAGAAUCCACUAAAAGGAGGUAUAUGGGGACGAUCACCGGCAUAAGUGACUUAGAUCCACUGAAAUGGCCUAAUUCAAAGUGGCGUAGCCUUCAGGUGGAGUGGGAUGAACCGGGCUGUGGUCACAGGCAAAACAGAGUUAGCCCGUGGGAAAUCGAGACACCCGAGAGCAUCUUCGUAUUCCCAUCGCUAACUACCAACCUCAAACGUCCCUUUCACUCUGCAUUCACCGGAGGACAAACAGAAUGGGAGACUCUGAUAAACCGAAAUCAUUUCCUCCAAAUUCCCGAAAAUGCCCCUCCGGUAUCAUCAACGUGCCUGUGGUCAGACCAGCUGGUGAAGAUGCUCACGAUGAAACCAGCUCACAACGAGUCGAGCCCGUUUCAGUUAAACGAAGAAAAACCACCACCACCCGUGAAGAAGCCCAUAAAUCCACAUAACGAGUUUUUUUCUGCCGUGGCGCACCACACUGCAAGUCCCAUGCAGCCUCGAGCAGACCUGCUCGUUUUCCAACCCCAAGAAAUCGAACCGUGGGACCCGCAUUUUAACGGCGGGAUUAAUCCGGACAUUUUGAACUUUCAGUACAGCUCGUGUGAUCUGAAGGACAUGUCAGUCGAGAACAAUAAUAAUGAGAGUGGGGACAUAUUAUACGGCUGUCUGAAUCUCGACGGGAGUACCAACAGCGAGAGCACUGUGAUCGACCUCUCGGUUUCGAGCACGGUUUUCGAGGAUUUCUGCAAUAAUGUGAAGGGUGUCGUCGAUUUCCAGAACCCGUCCGAUUAUCUCGUGAGUAGUAGUAACAUGUGCUCGUCCCAGAUCACGUCAGCCGCCAGCCUGGUGGAUUCCCAGAAUUUCUCCAUAGCCUCCUCGAGUAAUGUGGAUUUCGAGGAAAAUGCUAUCUUGCAGCAGCAUGGCACGUGGAAGAAGGUGACGACCUCAAGGUUACGUACUUAUACUAAGAUUCAAAAGGCUGGAUCUGUAGGAAGGUCCAUAGACGUGUCGAGUUUUGGAAAUUACGAUGAUCUGCGUUCUGAAAUCGAGCGCAUGUUUGGUCUGGAGGGACUUCUCAUUGAUUUGAGCUCUGGAUGGAAGCUCGUGUAUGUGGAUUUCGAGAAUGAUGUUCUUCUCGUUGGUGAUGAUCCUUGGGAGGAAUUUGUGGGUUGUGUGAAGUGUGUUCGAAUUUUAUCGCCAUCGGAAGUUCAGCAGAUGGGGGAAGAAGGGAUGAAGCUAUUGAACUCCGUUCAAGACUCUUCAGAAAGAACUUUUAUUAUGCAGUUUAUUGAUGUCUUGUGCUUUGCUGGCUAG